AUGAAUAUUGCUCAAUUAGUCGACCAUGAGUUGAAUGAAAUCGUCUCUUCGGUUCGCGGUAUUCUCUGUGAAUACUCAUUCUCCUCGCAGCACCAUCGCUACUUCGUUCGUCUUGCUCAGCACAAAAAACUUGUCGACACAUACAACAAACUCCGUCCAUUCCUCGGAUUGUUCCCUGAUUGGGUACAGCAAGCUCGCGAAUUUGUCGAGAAGAGCCAGAAGACGUUCCAAACUCUUGAACUUCUUCAUAUUCCGAUGCACACGGGUCGCACCGUUGACGAGGAAGCAAUGGUGCAACUCGACACUGAUAUCUACAAUAUGUGCGUCUCUUUUGACACUCUUGUGCUUCAAUUAUGCGGUCGUCACGCCAACUUCCGUCUCUAA